AUGGGACGCAUCAACGAGGGUUUCGGCGCGCUGUACGUGGGCGUGGCCGCGGCCAUGUACUUCAAGCCCGAAUAUGCCUUUUACGACUCGCGCACAGUGACCGUCGCCGUGCUCUUCUCCAUCCUCACCGUGUCCCGAAUCCUCUAUCAGGUCGUUCUUUUACUCACGGGCCAUGGGUUUACGAACUUUUUGCAGGCGCCAUAUCAGCGGAUGCUCGAAUGGAACAAAACCAUCCCCAAUGAUGGGCUCAUCCGGUUUUAUGGGAUUGGCAAUCUGGAGCGCGUCCUCUUAACCAGCCCCAAGGCAUUGAGCGAGCUGCUUGUGACCAAGGUCUAUGACUUUGAGAAGCCCGAGCCGGUCCGCAAUAAUUUGCGCCGCGUUACCGGUGAGGGCAUCCUGCUUGCCGAGGGCGACGAACACAAGUUCCAACGCAAGAACCUGAUGCCGGCAUUUGCCUACCGCCACAUUAAGGAUCUGUACCCGAUCUUCUGGGCGAAGAGCGUAGAGAUGGUGAAAAGAAUCAACAUGGACUUGGCGCAAAGAAAGCCCCACGAGGAGGACAACACGGUCCAGAUCCGCAACUGGGCGAGCCGGGCCACGCUCGACAUCAUCGGCGUGGCAGGCAUGGACCACGACUUCGACUCGCUGCGGGAUCCAUCCAACCCGCUCAGCCUGGGCUACAAGAAGAUCUUCACUCCGCCUGGGUUCUUCACCAAGAUCUUGAUCGUCAUCAGCAUCCUUCUCAUCCCCGGGAAGUAUAUACAGAAACUACCUACGAAGCGCAACAGGGAUAUCAACGAGGGCGGCGAGACGAUCCGCAAUGUUGCCCGAAUGACAAUCGGCGAGAAGAAAGAGAAGAUGAAGGACCCGGAUGCGCAGCAAAGCGUGGAUAUCAUCUCCGUCGCACUGCGCAGCGGCACAUUCGAUGAGGAAAACCUCGUCGACCAACUCAUGACUUUCCUCGGUGCAGGCCACGAAACCACCGCCACAGCCCUCCAAUGGGCCGUCUAUGCUCUGUGCAAGAACCCCGACGUGCAAACCCGUCUCCGCGAAGAAGUCCGCGCAAACCUACCCCCGGUCUCAACGGAGAACCCCGAGCCCAUCACCGCUUCCAUGCUCGAUAACCUCCCCUACCUCAACGCCGUUUGCAACGAAGUCCUCCGUUUCCACCCCUCUGUGCCCGCAACCCUGCGCGAGGCCUCUCGCGACACGUCGCUGGUCGGCCACCCGAUUCCCAAGGGCACCAUUCUGAUCAUCUCCCCAGAGGUCACGAACCACACGAAGGAACUGUGGGGUCCUGAUGCAGACAAAUUUAACCCGGACCGCUUCAUGAGUCCCGGGAAAGCGAAUACCGGUGGCGCGACGAGCAACUAUGCCUUCUUGACCUUCUUGCAUGGCCCGCGCAGCUGUAUUGGGCAGAGAUUCGCCCAGUCGGAGCUCGCGUGUUUGCUUGCCGCUAUGGUCGGUCGCUUUCAGAUGGAGUUGAAGUUCCCGGAUGCCAAGUUGGAGGUGAGGGAGGGUGCCACGGUGUCGCCGAAGGAUGGGGUUUUGGCUAAGCUGACUCCGUUGGAGGGUUGGUAG